CUAAAAGUUGACAUCGAGGUUUACGGCAGGUUGACCGUUCACUCUCUAGGGAAACCUGAAGAGCAGCACUUCUCCUGAUUAUCAGUUCAGGUUUGAGCAUCAAGUAUGCCCGGUCAUGUGAAGGCAGGUGGUUCCAAGGAACCGGAUCCAGAUCCAGCACCAUUCCUUUAUGUAUCCUUCGAGAUGAAGAAGGAGGAUUCUCUGAAACCGUAUGAUGCUAAGAAGUCCGUCUGGGUUCCUGACGGUGAGGGGGGAUAUAGCGAGGCAAUGAUCACUGAGGUGAAGGGAGAUAUGAUUGAUGUAAAAGUGGGCUGGGAACCAAAGACAUACAAGGCAACACAGUGCAUGCAGAUUAAUCCUCCCAAGAUGGAGAAGUUCGAUGAUGUGUCCAACAUGACAUAUUUGAAUGAGGCCAGUGUCCUCUGGAACUUGAAGGCUAGAUAUGUUGCAAAGCUGAUCUAUACUUACUCUGGACUCUUUUGCAUUGUCAUCAAUCCCUACAAGAGGUAUCCCAUCUACACCAACAGGGUCGUCAGGCUUUACAUCGGUAAGAGGAGAAGUGAGGUCCCACCUCAUCUCUUUGCUAUCUCUGAUGGUGCUUACCAGCAGAUGAUGACUAACCAGAAGGAUCAGUCCAUGUUGAUUACUGGUGAGUCUGGUGCUGGUAAGACAGAGAACACCAAGAAGGUUAUUACCUACUUUGCUAUUCUUGGUUCCAAUGAGAAGGCCAAGAAGGAUGGAGAUCCACCAGUGGAGAAAAAAGCCAAUUUGGAGGACAGGAUUGUCCAGACUAAUCCGAUUUUGGAGUCCUACGGAAAUGCUAAAACCAUCCGUAAUGACAACUCUUCAAGAUUUGGUAAGUUCAUUCGAAUCUACUUUAACCACAUGGGUAAACUUGCUGGAGGUUUCAUUGAUGUCUAUCUUCUUGAGAAGUCCAGGGUUACUUAUCAGCAACCCAAUGAGAGAUGCUACCAUAUCUUCUUCCAGCUGGUUGAGGAAGGGCCUGUUGAAGGUCUCCAGGAGAUAUGCUGUCUUUCAACUGACCCUUAUGACUACUUUUUUAUCUCUCAAGGUAAAGUAAAAGUUGACUCUAUUGAUGAUAAUGAAGAGCUGGAGUUUACUGAUCAAGCCUUUGAUGUACUUGGGUUUACUCAAGAAGAGAAGAAGAAUGCAUUCAGGCUCACUGCUACUGUUAUUCACCUUGGAGAGAUGACAUUCAAGCAAAAGGGUCGUGAAGAGUCCUGUGAACUUGAUGAUCCCAUCCCAGGUCAAAAUGUCUGCAAACUUUGUGGAAUUGAAAAUUGGCAGUUGUUCUAUGGUAACUUUAUCAGGCCUAAAAUUAAGGUAGGGACAGAGUGGGUUUACAAGGGUCAGAAUGCUGAUAACUGUUUGAACUCAAUUGCUGCCCUUGCAAGGUCAAUGUACAAUCGUCUCUUCAUGUGGCUUGUUGAUCUCUGCAACCGUACUCUGAUUGAUCCUACAAUGAAGAAAGUUAACUUUAUUGGAGUCCUGGACAUUGCAGGAUUUGAAAUCUUUGAGUUUAACACCUUUGAACAGAUCUGUAUUAAUUUCUGUAAUGAAAAGCUUCAGCAAUUCUUCAACCAUCACAUGUUUGUUCUUGAGCAAGAAGAAUAUGUAAGGGAAGGAAUUGAGUGGGAGAUGGUAGAUUUUGGAAUGGAUUUAGAGGCAACAAUUCAGUUAAUGGAGAAACCAAUGGGUCUUCUUGCCAUUCUGGAGGAAGAAACUUUGUUUCCCAAAGCUUCAGACAAAUCCUUUGAAGACAAGCUAAAGGAAAAUUUGUUGGGAAAGUCUCCAGUCUUUCUGAAAAAACAACCAGGGUCCAAAGACAAGAAUGCUCAUUUUGCAAUUGCUCAUUAUGCUGGUAUUGUUAACUACAAUUUGGGUGACUGGCUUACUAAGAAUAAGGAUCCUGUAAAUGACACUGUUGUUGACCAAAUGAAAAAAAGUGACAAUGCUUUGGUUGUCUAUCUUUUCAGAGAUCACCCGGGUCAACCAGAAGAAGUUGACAAGAAGGAUAAAGGAAAGAAGGGAAAAGAUACCAAGGUUUUCAAAACCGUGUCUUCUGCAUUUAGAAAUCAGCUUGAUUCUCUACUUUGCACUUUAAACUCUACAGAUCCCCACUUUAUUCGUUGUAUUGUGCCAAACAACUUCAAGACUCCUGGACUUUUAGAUUCAGCACUUGUUAUGCAUCAGCUAACUUGCAAUGGUGUACUGGAAGGUAUUAGAAUUUGCAGAAGAGGUUUCCCUAAUAGAACCUUUUAUGCUGAUUUCAGGCAUAGAUUUAUCAUCAUUAAACCUAAAGAGGUUUAUGCAUGUGGAGAUGAUACCAAGGCAGCAGCUAAAAUUGUGCUUGAGAGUGUAAAAGAUGUUGAUGACAGGUGGCGCCUUGGACACACCAAGGUAUUCUUUAGAGCUGGUACAAUUGGUAUGCUAGAGGAAGUUAGAGAUGAGUGUAUCAAAUCUAUCUUGAACUACUUCCAAGGUAUAUGCAGAGGAUAUCUUGGUAAAAUUGCAUACAAGAAAGAAGUAGCAAAACGAAACUUCAUUCCUGUUAUGCAGAGGAAUUUUAAAAAGUACAUCUUCUUCAGAGAUUGGACAUGGUAUUUCUUGAUGAAUGCUACUAAGAGGUUUAUUGGUCAAGUAAAUAUGGAAGAUGAAAUUGCAGCUCUGGAAGAAGAGGCUGCCAUAGCUUGCUCUGCUUUUGACAAAGAAGUUAUUGAAAGGGAUAGGCUCAACGCAGGAAUAAAAAUGAUGACUGAUGAAAAAAAAGAAAUGAUGCACCAAAUAGAAUCAGAACAAGGUGACUUGUCAUCCUACCAACAAGAUCUUGCAAAAGCUAGUGCAGCAAAGGCAGAAAAAGAGGAUGAAUUAGCUAAAAUUCAGAGGACCCUUUCAGACACAGAAUCAAAAAGAAAUGAAACAAAUGAAAAGAAGCGAAAAUUUGAAAAUGACCUUUCAAGCUUCAGAAAGGAUAUUGAUGAUAUGGAUAUGGCUAUUCAAAAAGCUGAGCAGGAAAAGACAAACAGAGACCACACCAUAAGAAACAUGAAUGAUGAAAUUGCACACCAGGAUGAGAUGAUCAAUAAGCUCAACAAAGAAAAGAAGCAUAUGCAAGAAAAUCAAGCCAAGUCAAGCGAAGAACUUACUUCAGCUGAAGAAAAGCUUGACCAUCUUAAUAAGAUAAAGGCAAAGUUAGAGGUAACACUUGAUGAGCUUGAAGAUUCUCUUGAGAGAGAAAAGAAAUCUCGCCUUGACAUGGAUAAACAGAGAAGGAAGGUUGAGGCAGAUUUGAAGGUUACACAAGAAGUUGUCAAUGAUCUUGAGAGAGACAAGAAGGAAGUGGAAGGCCUUAUAUCAAAGAAAGAAAAGGAUAUAUCUUCUAAUGUCUCUAAGCUUGAGGAGGAGCAAAAUGGUGUUGGCAAACUUCAAAAAAUGAUUAAAGAAAUGCAAGCUCGUAUCGAAUCCAAUGAGGAAGAACUUGAAGCUGAGAGGCAAGCAAGAUCAAAGGCUGAAAAACAAAGAGGAACGCUUGCUCGUGAACUUGAUGAUCUUUCAGAGAGGUUAGAUGAAGCUGGAGGUGCAACUUCAGCCCAGAUUGAGCUUAAUAAGAAGAGAGAAGCAGAGAUUGGCAAACUUAGAAGAGAUUUGGAAGAGGCAGCAAUUCAGCAUGAGUCUACACUUUCCAGCUUAAAGAAGAAACAUAUGGAUGCUGUUGCAGAAAUGUCUGAGCAAGUGGAUCAAUUAAACAAAAUGAAACAAAAGAUUGAAAAAGAAAAGCAUGGAAAACGACUCCAGAUUGAUGAGGUGAAGGGAGCAAUGGAUACAGUUCUGAAUGAGAAAGCAUCUGUAGAAAAGCAGAAUCAUCAUCUUAACCAACAAUUGAGUGAUACUACUCGUAGGUGUGAGGAAGCUAAUUUAACUUUGUCAGACUUUGACAAUUCAAAGAAAAAAAUUGUCAUUGAAAAUGCAGAUUUUUUGAGAAAUAUUGAAGAGUUAGACAAUAAUAACAAUGUUCUCAGCAAGAUCAAGCAAACUCUUUCAGCCCAAUUGGAUGAACAGAGAAGAAUUUCUGAUGAUGAGGCAAAGGAAAGAGCUUUCCUGCUGGGAAAAUUUAGAAACCUUGAGCAUGAGGUGGAUACAACAAGAGAACAGCUUGAGGAAGAAACUCAGUCAAAGGCAGAUGCUCUGAGACUUCUGUCCAAAUCUGUUGGAGAUGCUCAAAUGUGGCGCAUGAAGUAUGAAAAAGAUGGCUUGGCAAGAUCAGAAGAGCUUGAGUCUGCAAAAAUGAAGCUUCAAUCAAGACUAGCUGAAGCAGAAGGCACUGUAAUGAAUUUUAACAACAAAGCAAUGGCUUUAGAGAAGGAAAAGAUGAAACUUCAGUCUGAGAUUGAAGAGAUGGGAGGCAUGCUUGACGAUGCUCAAUCUAGAUGUUUCCAAAUGGAAAAGAAGGCAAAGAACUUUGACAAAAUUGUUAUUGAAUGGAAGAACAAAAUUGAUUCUCUGCAAGCUGAGCUAGACCAGAAUCAGGUAGAAUGCCGCAGCUAUUCUACUGAGCUCUUUAAAGUUAAGACUGUAUAUGAUGAAUCCCAACAACAGUUAGAUUGUGUAAGGAGAGAAAACAAAAAUCUUUCUACUGAAAUUAAAGAUAUCAUGGACCAGAUUGGAGAAGGUGGCAGAACCAUUCAUGAAAUUGACAAAAUCAGGAAGCGUCUUGAAAAUGAAAAGCUUGAGCUUCAAGCUGCACUUGAGGAGGCUGAAUGUGCUCUUGAGCAGGAAGAGAACAAGGUACUUCGUUCUCAACUAGAGCUCAGUCAAGUUAAGCAGGAAAUUGAGAGACGAAUCAAGGAGAAAGAGGAAGAGUUUGAUGGACUUAGAAAAACGCAUCAAAAGGCAAUUGAAUCCAUGCAGGCAUCACUUGAAAAUGAGACCAGAGCUAAAGGCGAAUCAAUCCGCCAGAAGAAAAAGCUUGAGUCUGACAUUAAUGAACUAGACAUUGCUUUGGAGCAUGCAAAUGGUUCUAAUGCUGAAUCACAGAGAACAAUAAAGAAAUAUCAGCAGCAGAUUAAGGAUCUUCAACUAGUCCUAGAGCAGGAGCAAAUAGUUAGAGACAAAGCUAGGGAGCAGCUUAUUCAGGCUGAACGUCGUCAUCAUGCAGUCAACAAUGAACUUGAGGAAUGCAAAACUCAGCUAGAGCAUGCUGAUCGCCAACGAAGAGGUGCAGAACAAGAAAUGUCGGAUGUAAUGGAACAGCUUUCUGACAGUACUCUGCAAAACCAAGCUCUUCAGUCAAGCAAGAGAAAGCUUGAUUCAGAAAUGCAGACCUUGCAUGCUGAUCUGGAAGAAAUGCUGACUGAGAGCCAGCUUGCUGAUGAAAGAGCCAAAAAAGCAAUGAUAGAUGCUGCUCGUCUAGCUGAUGAGCUUCGCAUAGAGCAGGAAAAUGCCCAGAAUUGUGAGAAAGGACGCAAAGCUUUGGAUUACCAUGUCAAAAACAUGCAAACAAAGCUUGAUGAGGCUGAACAGAUGGCUAUGAAAGGAGGAAGAAAAAUUACUUCAAGGUUGGAGCAAAAGAUCAAGGAUCUAGAGACACAACUUGAUGAUGAGCAAAGACGUUAUGUUGAUGCUCAAAAAGCUCAACGGCGUACAGAGCGCCGCAUCAACGAGCUCACCUUUUCACAAGAUGAGGAUCACAAGAACCAUGAGCGCAUGCAAGAACUUGUUGAUAAACUCCAGAACAAGGUCAAAUCUUACAAGAAGCAGAUAGAGGAAGCUGAAGAAAUUGCAGCACUUAACUUGGCCAAGUUCCGCAAGGUGCAAGCUGAUCUUGAACAAGCUGAAGAGAGGGCAGAUAUCAAGGAGCAGGUUCUAGCAAGAUACAAGUCAAAGGGAAGAGGAGCUUCUGUAGGCCCAAUGUAAACUCAAUCCCUAACGUUAGUCCUUAGUAGAUGCUAGUCCAAGUAAAAGUACUUGUAGCUCAUUAUGUGAAUAGCUAUCUGUAAUAUUAUAUGAUGAGUAUUAAAAUACAUAUGUAAAAAUGCU